AUGGGUCGCCAAAUAAGACCUGCCAAGGUCUACCAGAUGGUGACGGCAGAACUCCAGUCGAGGGUCAUGCCAAAGUACCAAGUCCAAGAGCCUCCCUGGUAUCCUGUGCUCUACAACAUCCCCCCAGCCGAGACAAUAACGAGGCCCGCCGCCGUGCAGCUCCGGACCCCCAAUAAGAAGCAGAGGCGCCCGAAGAACGUUUACCGACCGCAGCGGAUCGAGUUCCCCGAGGACCGCCUGCGACAGGCCUUCUACAAGGACCACCCGUGGGAACUUGCGCGCCCUCGCAUUAUUCUCGAAUUGGACGGCAAGGAUUCGCGUUUGUUGGACUGGAGCAAGGGGGUUAGGCAACCGGGAAUGGCCUUGAGCGGCGAGUGCGUCGUCCAACGUCAACUCUGGCUCAUGGACAGCGGAAUGUCCAAGGAAGAGGCCUACGACAAGGCCCGAAAGGAAUUCUACGAGCUCCGACAAGAAGAAGAAAUUGAGAAGAGGAUAGCCAAGGAGGAGGCCCAAUACGUCGGUGCCUACUUCGGCAAGACUAGGCUGGAAAUUGGGCACGAGCUCGAGGGCAAGGAGUUUGAGAGGUGGAAGACAUGGGCUGCGGCAGAGGCUGAGAGAUUCCGCGCCCUGCGGGCGGGCCCCGAGGCCGCGCCGACUGCAGAAGUCCAGUCCGAGACAGGCGAGUCCGGGCCGAUACUUGAUGCAGCCGAGGACCUUUGA